GAGAGAGAGAAAGAGCGUGGCACAACUUUUUUGAGCAGAGUAAAUAGUAUAGUAGUGGCUGGGACUGUCUAAUUAUUUGGACACAAUGGAAAACAAAGGAAAAAUAAAGGGCAAAACCUACAACCAUGAAUGACAUCAAACUGGCCUUGCUGGGUAGUGAGGGUGCGGGCAAAUCCGCGGUUUUGGUAAGAUUCUUGACCAAGCGAUUCAUUGGAGAAUAUGCAUCAAAUGCCAGCUCCUUAUACAAUAAAAGACUCUCUAUUGAUGGAAGACAGUUGAACUUGGAAGUCUUUGAUCCAUGCUCGCAGAGUGGAGAAAGCAGAUGUAUCCUGGAGGAACCGGUGGACUGGGCUGAUGGCUUUGUGGUGGUGUACACUAUCAGCGACCGUGCAUCCUUCCUAAAUGCCAAAAACAUCCUGGCGCAAAUCAAAGAGUGUCGUCGAGAGACCAGUAAAGGGGAGGUGCCAAUCUGCCUUGUGGGUAACAAGCAAGACCUAUGCCACAGCCGUCAAGUGAGUGUGGAGGAGGGCCGCUCCCUGGCCCAGGAAAACCGAUGCCUCUUUCAGGAAGUGUCAGCGGCUGAGAACUACCUGGAGAUCGGCAACCUCUUUACCAAGCUUAUUCGCCAUGUGAUGGAACAGCUGAAGCAUAGAAGUGAUCGGAGGAGAUACAGUGGCUCCAAGUCUAUGGCCAAGCUCAUUAAUAAUGUCUUUGGCAAGAGAAGAAAGUCUGUUUGAGUGCAGAACAUCAAUAUAGUUAAUUGCUUUUGAAUCCGUUACGGAAAUAUGUCCUUGUUAAACUUAAUAUUCUUGGAAUGUUUUGUGUGUUCAUAAAACAAUUAUGCUUGGAUAUAUAUAGUGAAAACUCAAACAGGUACCUCUAUGAGAGAUCCCCUUUACCUAACAUCCAGGGUUGGGAGGGUUACUUUUGAAAUGUAUUCCACUACAGAUUACAGAAUACAUGCUGUAAAAUGUAAUUUGUAACGUGUUCCAUUAGAUUACUCAAGGUCAGUAACGUAUUCUAAAUACUUUGGAUUACUUCUUCAGUACUGGUAGAUUUUUUCACUUGUUUUGACAAUAAAAACUCUGCCAGUACAGUAAGACAAAAUAUACAUGUUAAAAAUACAUUCUCUGAAAAACCUAAAUAUCUUAUGCAGUGUUGUUUCUAAAACAAGAUAAAUCAAAUUGAUCUUGUUUUAAGGAUUUUUAGAUAUUUUUACAGGAAAACAAUACAAAAAUUAUUAUCAAGAAUAUGAUUUAUGCCCUAAUAUCAAAGGUCUUAUUAGAAAAAAAGAAAUUAUGAUCCAACGUGAAUUUUCUUGAUAAAAAAAUAUGAUCGUGUCUGGUAACAUGUGCAUGUAAAAUGGCUAGAAAUAGCAUUUUAGCUUAGCGUAAAGCUGACAAUUCACACAAGGUUUAUUUCAGUUUCUUCUUCUCCAAACGUACUUCUUUGUCUGCUUGUAUGAAUGUAACACUUCAUAAGAAAGUGUUUCACCGCUGUUCAGAUGCGCUUUGGAUCACAUCAUUUAUAUGUAUAAAUGUUUCCCAUCUGAAAGGACUAAAUAGUAAAUGAAACAAAUGACAAUAAAAUGCAAAGUAAUCUCUUCAGUAAUCAAAAUACUUUUUGAAUGUAACUGUAUUCUAAAUACCAAUGAUUUAAAUUGUAACUGUAGUGGAAUACAAUUACUUAUAUUUUGUAUUUUAAAUACAUAAUCACAUUACGUAUAUUUCGUUACUCCCCAACCCUGCUAACAUCGUAUAGAGUGUUAUAAGAUAAGGUAAAGGAUUUGAUAGUGAUGCACAAGCUGUAAAAUCCAUUGCAAGUUCAAGAGAAAUUAACAACCCAACAACUUCAUCAGGCUUACUGUAUUUUUAUAUGUAGGCUUACAUGUGAUAAUUUGAAUAUUGUUGAGAAGGAUGGAGAAUGUUUUCAGACUCUUGAAGAUUUAGCUUUUCUCUUCAAAAAGUAGUACACAUUAUUUGCCGCCCUCUCUGAAAAGUUUUAAUGGCAUGAGGCUGAGUUUGCUUCAUGGAAUGCACAACAAAGACUGAAUGAAUUUCAUCUAUCUAGAUGCUGUGAUGAGGUGUAAAUUGCAGGUAAAUUACUUUUCUAACAAAAAAGCACUGCAGUGGGCCUCAAAUAAAAUGGCUGCAUUCUUUCCAUUGCAUUCUCAUGCUCUCAUUUUGUUUAAAAUUACAUUUGUGAGAGCAAAGAGAAGAAACAAAUGAACUGCAGACUUUCCUUAUGUACAGUUCCAAGAAAAGGUUUGCAGAUAUGUUUAUAUAAAAUAUGUUUACCUAAAUACACUCCAGGACUGUGAAAUGUGCAAGAUUGAAAACAACAACAACAACAACAACAACAACAACAAAACUUCUGAUGCCCCCUGGACCAGCGCCAAAACACCAUCAAGGGGGACCAACCAAAGUGAAAUUAUCCUUGCAACUGUAUAGCUGAAGUUGAAUGUGUAUAUAUAUAUUUUUAUAAACUAGGCAACAUGAUGUUCAGUAUCCUACUAAUAAAAUGUUCCUCUUUUUGGUUUUUUAACUUUUACUAUAAACUUUUAUUAACUGUUAAUGAAUUAUUUUGUUUGACAGUCUUUAAUAACCUGAUAUGUUUAUUAAACAUA